AUUAUAUAUACUUAUCAGGUAUAAUAAUUCCCAAUGUUUUUGCACAAGAAAAAGAAGAAGCCUAAGAUCAAACUAUCAAGGAACAACAUCCUCAUGGAGAAGAUCUUCAUGAAGACAGAUAAAGAGAGAAAUGUGUUUGAGAAGACCCAUGAUGUUUAUACAAGAAAGGAGCUUGGCAAGUCCUCAUCAAUGCAUGAGCUUGAGUCAAGGCUGUACUGUCUUAACUGCCCGGUAGAGGUCAAGGAGAUUCGGAGGGACGUCAAAGGCAUGCGAAGAAACAUUUUUGGAGUCCUUAACUCGGAUAAUGUGUUUAACCCUGAAGGAUAUGCUAGCUAUAACUUCUAUGUCAACCAUAUUGAUAAGUUAAAAAUGGCUGAUAAAUAAAGAUUACGAAAUUAUGCAUGCUGAAAUGAAGGAAAAGGAAUACCAGAAGAUGCUAAAGCAAAGCCUUUCCAAGAAAUAAAAUGAACAGACUCUAUGAAAGCCAGGUUAAGUACCUCAAAUCAGUUGUUGAGUCUGGAGGAAAAAUACAGAAGGAUAAAACAGACCUAUUCAGACUUCUAGUACUCAAAGAUGAUCCGUUGAAAAUCGGCGAAAAUAUGCUUAAAGAGAGCCCGUUUUAUCCAAAAAUUAAGGACAAGGUAUCCUUCUCACCAAGGCAAAGAAAGAAGAGCAAAAAGUAUGAUGAGAUGGAAGAGAGAAGAAUGAGAUAUGAGUCUAAAAUGGAAGGGAAACUCAUCUCACAAGCUGCUAAGAAAUUCAAUAUUCAUCUUCACAGUCAGAACUUGUUAAAAGAAAAUGGGCUAUAUUUAAAUAAGCUCAAUGACCAAAUCAACAAGAAGCUGGCGUAUUAUCUAUCGGAUCGGAAGUCUACAAAGAGAGUAAAAAGAUUUGCCCAGAGCAAUACUUUCUCUAAAGAGGAUUCAUUUGCCGAGACCUCCUCUGAUGGCAGCCAUGUAGCAGGUUCAAAUAUGAAUAACUUUUCGAUAAAAAUGAGAAGAACAAAAAAUCCCGUGAAGAAAUAAUUCACAUAUGGAGUCGAUCAUGAAGCAGAAAGGGACAAGAAGAUCCUCGAUGCCCAAAACUAUACAAUUUUUAACCCCGGCUAAGAAGGAAGAGCAAAAACCGAGCCAUUGCAAGAGUCAAGAGAAAAUCCAAAAUAAAGAAACCUUAGCUCCUCCUUCUUCAGGAGCAAAAGCUCGUAGAGAAAACUUUGUGAAAAGGAGUUCCCAGGCUGUCAUUGGACAUGUAGACUACCUUGUUUCUGGUAAAGUCUCUAAGAAAGAACUCAAGAGAAACUUAAUAAACUUUAAGGAAUUUCUAAACUCUGCUUUACAAAGGAAUGAAUAUUAUACCACUCACUCAGCAUCAGAUAAGAGAACCUUAUACCGAAAAGCAGGAAGUAUGAACGGUUCAAAGUACUCAAUGUCUGAUUACUCCGCGGCUAGUUUCAGGCUUGAAUCACCAAAAUCAAGGAGCAGGAUGCUUAAGAGCCCUAAGACUCAUCACUCAGACAGGUUUACCACAAUAUGUUCAAUUCCUAAAGAGUUGAAGCUCGAUGAAUCUAGCAAAGGUAUGCAGAUGUUCAAGAGUAACCAGAAAAGUAUCCGAGAUAUGAUUAAAAAGAGUAAAUAAAAUCAAAAUUAAGAAUU